GAUAUCUAGAUAUUUAACCCACUUCGCUCAUCUUAUAAUAUCCUCCGUAUCACUCGAUUUCGGUCGAGCUACUUUGUUCGCAGAGCGCCGAGGAACCUUCAUGAGCGCCAUUAGCUCAUAUGAAACUCUGAUGCCAAGUUCGAGUCUUCUAUUGCCUUUUGAUCGUACUUCUCCUACUUAUACUCUAUUAGGCGAACGGUUAUCGCCCGAAGAAUCGGCUAGAGGAGCUCCCUGUAGCCAAGUUGAUGAGGAAUUCCAAGCUUUAGAUGUAGAGCUAGAUUCCACUCUGGUAGAUUGUUGUUCCUCGUUGGAAGUACUCUUUCAAUUUGCGGACAUCUCCAUCAUUAGUCUCUUGGCUCCCUUGGUCAGACAGGUAAGGUUGCACUUUGAUUUAAAUGUGCACACUUGGACAAAUAUUUCCUUAUGA